CAUUCCCAACGCCCGUCUGACUUCUUCUCCAGACCGUACCGUCAACCCCGGCCCCGAUCUCAUUCACUGCCAUCUCUCGCAACACGCGACGGGCGGUAUGGUCGAGGUUCUGCUUGAGGGCAUCGAGCUCGUCGACCUGCCCGAAGAAUAUGCUCAGCCACAAUCGCAGCAGCAGUAAGCGUAUAUACCUACCUACAUGACUCGGACUCGGACUGCCUUGUCUUCCCCCCCUGGGCCCACGCGCCCGUCCAUUCGCUUUCCUCAUCCCAUCUCUUUCCGCGCUGCAUCUCUCUGCGCCGGUCUCUUCCGCGCUGGUACGCACGUCGUACCCCCACGCCACCCCUCCUGUAUGAUAUCCCCGCUAUCGACCUUUGUUCAUAACUUAUCCUAUCCUCUUGCAUCGGACACUGCUCACGCUCAUGCCCCCCGCUCGGAAUACUGUCUUACUAGAUCGCAUUCGAGCCCGGUGCUCUGCUAGUUAUUGUAUAGUCUUUCACCUAUUUCUUCUCGGGCUAUUGGACUGCUUCCUUGGCGCGCUUCGAUGGAGAAGCGAGGAUCCAAUGAUGUUCGC